GUAUGAGGCAUGCAGUGUAUGAUAAACUUGACGAUGAUGGCCUCGUAGCACCUGGUACGAGAGUUAGUGGUGAUGAUGUCAUUGUAGGAAAGACUAUCACUCUGCCGGAAAAUGAUGAUGAGCUGGAAGGAACAACUCGGAGGUUCACCAAGAAAGACUCUAGCACAUUCUUGCGUCCAAGUGAGACAGGGAUUGUGGAUCAGGUAAUGGUCACCAUCAACCAGGAAGGUUACAAGUUCACUAAGAUUAAGGUUCGUUCCGUUCGUGUUCCUCAAAUCGGCGACAAGUUUGCCAGUCGGCAUGGCCAGAAGGGAACUUGUGGAAUAACGUAUCGUCAAGAGGACAUGCCAUUCACCUGUGAAGGGAUCACUCCUGAUGUGAUAAUCAACCCUCAUGCUAUUCCCAGCAGAAUGACAAUCGGACACUUGAUCGAAUGUUUGCAAGGAAAGGUGUCAGCUAACAAGGGAGAAAUAGGCGAUGCCACACCCUUCAAUGAUGCUGUUAACGUCCAGAAAGUUUCUCAACUGCUGCACGACUAUGGAUACCAUUUGAGAGGCAACGAGGUCUUAUACAAUGGCUUCACUGGGCGGAAGUUAAACGCGCAAGUUUUCUUGGGUCCAACAUACUACCAGCGUCUGAAGCACAUGGUGGACGACAAGAUCCACUCUCGGGCCAGAGGUCCGGUCCAGAUUCUUACUCGACAGCCUAUGGAGGGAAGAUCACGUGAUGGUGGUCUUCGUUUCGGUGAGAUGGAACGUGACUGUAUGAUCGCACACGGUGCCGCACAGUUCCUGAAUGAGCGACUGUUUGAAGUGUCUGAUCCAUACAGCUGUCACGUUUGUAACCUGUGUGGAUUGAUCGCCAUAGCGAACCUGCGCAAUAACACCUUUGAAUGUAGAGGUUGUAAAAACAAGACGCAGGUGUCCCGUAUUCGUUUGCCGUACGCGGCUAAGCUGCUUUUCCAAGAGCUUAUGUCCAUGAGUAUUGCUCCCAGAAUGAUGGUGUGUGAUCCAGUCAAAUGAGCUAUGUACAUCCUGGCUCUUCACGCUGGGAUUUGUGCAUCCGGUUAUCAUUCUGUUGAUGUUCAGCUUAAGCUGCCUCAAAUGAGUCUUUAACUUAACAUAUUUGUGCAGCUUAGUUGAGGAAGAUGAAAAGUGCAGUACAGCUAACCCUUUGGCAAGCUUGUAGUGCAGCAUACCAAAUGGAAAGUUCUGGUAUAUAUGACCCCUGUUGUAAACUAAGAUCCUGUACUCUCCGUAAAAUGUGCACUGCCCUUAUGGGGUAAGAACUCUUCUUUCUUGCUUUGUCCUAAAGGCGUAGAGAGGAAAAGGGUCCUCGGGGUUGAUGUGACCCCGCUUAGGCAAAACUCAGUAAUGAUUUAACACGAUUAAAAUCCUGACCUCUAAAGGAAGAAAGACACAAACUGGCCUUAAAUUCUUUGAUGUCAUUGAGGGUCCUCUUGCAUACCCAGGCCAGUGGCUUACUUUCAUCACAAAAUUUCCACUGGACGAAAAUUCCAUACAUGUGUUCUUAGACUACCCUACUUCCAACGCCCUUAAAAGAAAUAAAAAUAAUCAAGUAAACUGAAAAGCAACUUCGUCCGCUGAAUGGAGAAUGUUUUUUAAAUCACCCUAUCGUUUUUUUGAUGUAAAUGACUGACACAAAUCCAGGCUUGUUUCUUUCAACGCAAAACGAUUUCGACGAAGGGCUAAAGCUCGAAAGGUCAGCUUUUGUAAUCGUUACGGUGGCCAAUUUACCAUUUCAACUUUGUUGAUAUAUCCAAAUUAUUUCAUUUGGUUGUUGCUGUUGUUGUCGUUUUAACGGAAGUUUACCGGGGAACUGUUGUGAUCGUAUGUCAAAGUUAGAACAACUAUCAACGCUUUAACGUUAUUUUUCAUCUUAAAACAUUCAACCAGAAGCAAUUCGCUUUUGAGAGGGUUUCGUCUGAAAUCGGUCUUGUGGAGAUCCUACGGGACUCUCGGCUGUUAAAUGUAGUAUCUUUGUAUAGAAGGUUGAGCUUGUUUUUGUAUAGAAAAUUAAAGAUGUUUUUGAAAUAAAAUUGCAUACGAUAUGGA